AUGCAAGGCAGCAGCAUAUCUCAGGAAAAACUCCAAUUGAUGCAAAAAAACUUUAACCUUGUGGAUAACAACAAGGAUGGGAAAAUUACCGCGGAGGAAUUUAAGACGCUUUUGCGAUUGCUCGGGCAAACCAGAACGGAGAAGGAGAUGGACGAGAUGGUGGACAAGCAUUUUGAAGACGUAAAAGAGGGGGAGGAGGAGGAGAAGGCGGAAGCUACUGACGCCGCCAAUAAGGGAAAAGCAGACAAAGGGACGCCAAGUGCAACGAAACAAUCGGGCGCCCAGAAAAAUGCAGCCAAAGCUAGCCCAAACCAUGAUCGAAUAAAAAAUCUAAUCACAAAGCUCAGCAAUUUUAAAAAUGAAGACAAAAAAAAAAAUAGCCAAAAUGUUAAAAAUAACAGAACAUGCGACGUAUAUGCAAAAAACGAAUUGAUGAACCAAAAAAAAAAACACAUAAACUUUGAAACCUUCUUGAGGAUAUUUCUUGAGACUUAUAAGGAACCCUUAUCGGUAGACGAGCUAAUCACCUCGUUUGAAUUUUUCGACAAAGAAAAAAGUGGCUAUCUUGAUGAGGAGAAAAUGAGAUUUAUUUUGAAAAACAGUGAUGAGAGGUUGGUGGAUGAGGAUAUUAAAUUUUUUUUCAAAUCGUUAAACUUGAAGGAUAAGGACAAAAUCGAUUAUGUCAUGCUGGCGAAGCGGCUUAAGAAUGUGACCUAA